AUGGCGAACGACGUGAUCGAUUUAGUCUUCUCCCUCAUAGUAGAUACAGAAAUAUAUCUUUGCCUAUUCGUAUUUUUAACAUAUAUGACAUCGAAGAAAAUAAAUAAAAUAAUUCAAUCCAAUUUUUACCAAAAGGAUGCACUCCUAAAUAGACUAUCAAAACAUUUCUACAUAGUAGAUGUGAAGGCCUCCUUCAGCCCCCUGAGAUAUAUGUGUAGGAGUGCACUAUAUCACACGUAUUAUUUUUCGUCCCUUUUGUUUUUAAUAUAUUUGUUCAGACUGUAUACUUCCUACAAAGGAUGGAUUAAGGUUUACUUUUUUUCCCUAUUGAACAUUACCACGGAUUCGUCAGUACUAUCUGAUGAUGAUUUUUAUGCCGACUACCAUGGGAACUCAAGUAAUGUGCAUCUUUCCCGCUUGGUUGCCUUCAUCUUGGGACUGAUUAUUUCGUUCAUUUAUUAUAAGUACCUUUGUAGAAUAUUUAAAGGGAGGCACAAAAAUGUAACGGUGCAUAAGUCCAGUUUGCUACAGUACUGCUUUGAGCUAGCCAAAGUAAAUUUCAGGGAAUACGUAAAAGUUAAACCAAAGAAGGGAUCAAAAUUUAGGUUCAUUCUGGACACCAACAUUAAGCCGCAUUCCACGUUCAUCAGCGAAUCUGCUGCAACGAAAGGAAGUGGCACAGCAAAUGGCACAAAUGGAAACGGCCGUGGUGCUGGUAGUGGCGUCCCCAGCGCAGUUGCUCCAAGGGUAAGGAGAAAUAUCCUCUUCCGUAUGUUCAGCAUUGGGUACUUUAAGAAACACGUCCUUUAUAAUGAGGAGGUACUGUACGAAGAUCACCUGAAGAAUAAGUUGCAAGCUGACCAGAAGAACAAAGAAAGCUUCCGUUUAAUGCUUAUCAAGUUAAUGGAAAGGCUGGUCGAUGCGAUGAUCAAUUCAAUUAAUGCUGAAAAUAACCAGACUGGAAAGGAUGCUUCCAGGGAAGCGGGUCCAGUUGCUACCGGUCAGGCUACUACUGGUCAGGCUGUUACUGGUCAAGCUGCUACCGGUCAAGCUGCUACCGGUCAAGCUGCUACCGGUCAGGGGGAACCACAGACCGCCGCUGCGGGGGGGGAAACUCCCCAGGAAGGGAUGAAGCAACCGGUGGAUGGAGAAGUCACUACGGAAGUAAAUCAAGCAAAGGGGGAGGAAACAACUAAGGUGGAAGAAGAAACUAAGGGGGAGGAAGAAACUAAGGAGGGGGAAGCAACUAAGGAGGGGGAAGCAACCAAGGUGGAGGAAACAACUAAGGUGGAAGAUGCAACCAAGGAGGAGAAAGCAACCAAGGAGGAGAAAGCAACCAAGAAGGAGGAAGAAACUAAGGUGGAAGAAACAACCACCAAGGAAGAGGAGGCAACCAAGAAGGAGGGAGGAGCUAAGGUGGAAGAAGCAACCAAGGAGGAGGAAGCAGCACCAAACGGGGAAGGUGCACCCAAUGGGGAGGAAUCGCAAAAUGGUGGACAGACCGAGGGAAAAAACAGCCCAACAAGUGUGACAGAGAUAAAGGGAACAACACUAAAAAGUAGUGACACACCAUACAGUGACAUACACCUAUGCGAACUGGAUUUAAGACCAUAUGACAUAUUUGUGUGCAACUCACAUUACCAAUUUAAGAGCAUCCUAGAAGUGCUCAUGUUACACAUCCCAAUAUAUUUCCUAUUCAAAAAUAAGGUCUACGUAAAAACCUGCUUCACUAUGGCCAUGUAUGUUUUCAAUUACCUGCUCUGGAAUUUCAUAACCCUCCUAGCGAUGAUCAAACCGUCACUGUUUGUGUACUACUACGUCUUGAAUGAACACAUAAAUAAUAUCCUAACGAGGAAUAUUAAUGACCAGGAGAAAAACAUAAUUCUGCACUUUUUUUAUGGAUUCUUUUUUGCCUCACUAAUAUAUUUAAAAUAUCACUUCAAGAUGGAGUUCAAGUUGAUAAAGGUGGACCACAUGAACCACUUCCAUCGAAUAAUUGACAGAUGCAUAGUAGAGGCGAACAAAUUAAAGUCGAAGGGAAUAAUUAAAAAUUUUGAAGCCAUGAAAGUUUUCCCCUUAUGUAUUGACUAUAAAAACAAAGGGAUCUUCAUCGAUAGGGGAUUGCUCCGAACAACUGCGGAACUUGAACUUGUACUAAAACAAAAGAAAUUAAAGAAUAUAAAAAUAUGCUUCCGAAAUGUUCAGCAAAUUGCUAAAUAUUGUGAUGAAGAUACAGCCAUGGAAAUGUGUAGACAACUGAAAUUUGUCCUAGUAAAUGAACUGCCCCACCGAGUUGCACUAAACCUUUCCCGUAUCAUCUCAGAUGAAAUGUACGAUAAAAUUAGGAAGAAUUCCAUCGGUUCGUGUUCUGCGAAACAAUCCAAGAAACACCCACCUGAUUGCUUAUGUGAAAUGCUCAAAAAUACGGCCAUUCAUGAUUUUAUCAAGGAGACCAUGGGUACUGAAAAAUCCAAUGCAGAAAACGAACCCGCGGAUCGGGGCAAGCUUACGCAGAUAAGUCCUACCACAGGGGGGGAUGCAAAAAAUGACAAAUUAAACGAGCAAGGAGUGCAUCCCGUGAAAAAAAAAAAAAAGGACACAUGGGCCCUGAAUAGCCUAAAUGCCAUUUUUGAAAAAACGCCGACGAAGUAA